UCUAGGUAAAUUGACUGCUCUAGUUUUUACUUAGCUAAUACUCCUGCGGUGGUUUUUGGCUAAAAAGAAGGACACACACACAUAUUGUUUUUUACGUGAGUUUACUAAAAAGUGAUAAAGGAAUUUAAAGAGAGCAACGCACUUUGAAGUCAUCACCGUCGGGACGCCCACAGCAAGCGUAGAGCGCCAUCUGUUUAAUUCGGAUAACAAGUCUUCCCGUGAGUCAACGCGCUGACUCGAAUCCUGUUAUAGUAUAGACGGCGAAAUGAUAGGGCGCGCGCUGUGUCGAUGUGUAUAAUGGGUAGGAUUUGCAAAAGGAAAAUGGAAAUGGUUAAAGCGGUCUAAUAAACAAAAGUGAAAAAUUAAUUUAACCUUAAUUGCUCAAAAUGGAUGAGUUUGCAAGGAGGAUGGUGGUUCUAGCGUGCGUGUUCUUUGGAGUUCUGCUAAGGUCUACUGACUGUUUAUCCUGUUACCAGUGUAACGUGUAUAUCCGGGGUACGCCGUGGCCAUGCGACUCGGACAAGGGCAUGAGAAAGGUGGAUGACUGUCAUGCCUGUCUGAAAACCUUUACUCGUUCCUAUCUACACAACACAUUCCACGAUCAAAUAUUGACAAAUUACGAAUCACGAGUAUGCGUCAAGGACCGCGAGUACUUGAAGGAAGAGGGUUGUCAUCCGCGUGAGGUCGCUUCCGGUUACAUGAAACGCUGCUUCUGUUACGAUGACUAUUGCAAUGCCUCUGGAAGGGCAUCCGUUACGUUAGCCGCCCUUCUUGGAAUUAUAGUGUCGGGAAUUUUUGUGCGAAAGUCGAUUUCGUAAAAAAAUCAUUGUUUUGUUGAAGAAAUGAUAAUAUUCCUACCAGAAUAUUAGUGCCAUACUAACAAAGUGUUAAAUGUGUAGAAAAGGUUUGGAAAUAAGUGUAAAUAAAUGUGUAUAUAGUAUUCAUACCAACACAAAACUGGAUUAAAGGGAUACUGUAUAGCGACCCCUUUUCGACCGGAAAUGGAGGUUUUUCCUACGUUACUUUUGACCCAAGAUAGCUAUUACGAUAAAACUUUACACUAAGAUAGGUUGGCUCUUCCGACAAAAACUGUGUAAUUUGUUUUAUUUGUUUUUGAAAAUAGUUAAGGACUCCGAAUAUUCCCACGCGCAAAGUACCCUUAUAAUUUCGCUAAAAUGAGCACCCUACUGUACCAAUUAAUCGCCCACCCAAUUAAUUCGCUAUUCUUACGAUGUUUUUCAUAUAUUUCUCUCUAAACUAUAUCUUCAAACAUUUUUAUUUUAUUUGACCAGUCUAGCCACCGUUUAAAUGAUACAACACCUACUCGGUAAUUCUUCUCUUAGCAGAAAAUUUAAGAAGCUGCUGGGAUUUCUUCUUGAAACAUUACAUACAUAAUGUAUGCAUAUUCAUAGACUUCCGAAGAGGGACAACGCAUGUCGGUACAAGAAUGUAAUGAUUAAUUCAAAUUUGAGUUGCUUCCCUUAGACGAAAAAUUGGGCGAUAACUUCAUUGUCUUGAGGUUUUACCAUUUGCCUUUUCGAAAAUUGAACUUAAAAACAGCAAUUUAUGGUAUUUGAAUAAUUUAUCACCGGCUUUAUACUUUAUUAUGACAAAUCAAUAUUGUCGUCUGAUAGUGCAAGGUAUAAGGAAAAUUAAAAAAUUCUUACAGGGCCUCAUCACGGACCUAUAAACCAAAGUUCCGUGGCCUCAUGCAAGCGAUCGCGCGCGUGGUGACGUCGUCCCCGCGUGCAACUAACAAUGUUAGAAGUGUACACAAUGUUUAUUUGGGUCGAAUUCCACAUACUACUUACUGUACAUUUUAACGCAGAAAACAGCUGAUAUCUGUCAAAAUAGAUGACGCAAUAAAACGCCAUAUUAAUUUGUGUAAAAUAUUUUGUUUUGACUGGUUUAAACUGGGUGGGCGAAAAAGUGGUACGGGCGAAUAAUAAGUCGCUAACCAGUAUAACUCUAGAAAUAUGAUCGUGUCGACGGUUUUUGGUUUACUUCCCUGUUAUUAUCGUCAUAUACAUGUCGGUUCAAUGAAUGCAAUUUUAGUGACUACCUUUUAAUACCUUUUAAUGUGCCAUCGUUUCAUAAUCGUCACGGUCAUGAUUUUAUUUUUUGCCACGUUCUAAUAUUUACACCUCAACUUCCAUUCCUUAAAUGAACUGCCUUUCGGCAAUUGCGUUCAUCAAUCGAUGAACGCAACAUCUUCGGAUAUGUUCGGAUCGUAAUUCAUUGCAUAACAAUAUAUAUGAAAGCUACUGGUUGAGAAGCAGUUUCCGACAGUUUUUAAACGUUUUUAUUGAAUUAUUUAUACGUGUUUAAAUAUAUACUAAAAUUGUUCACAUUUUAUAUAACUACAGCUCAAACUACAGCUCAAGCUGCUAAUGUCGAUAUAUUUCUUACGUGUGACGUCACAUAUAGUGUAUCUAAUAGGGGCGCAAAGAGGGUACUUACAUUGUUCUGAUUAGCUUGUGAUGAGAAGCAGUUUCCGACAAUUUGAAUGCGGGGCAUAUUUAAGGUGCCUGUUGUGUGUUUUUAUUUUCCUUUUAUUUAAUAAACUAAAUAUAAGACUGUAAUAAGAGAAAUUUUAUUUAAUUUUCCAGCAUUUACGAAAAAUUUAAACCUUAAAAUUUACGACAUUCAAUUCAUACUCGAAAUCAGGCAGAGACUGAAUGUCAAUGAUUUUUUUUAUUCAUUUCUGAUGGAAACUUGUGUUUGUAUACAUUUAAGUGAAUGUGGAUGCGAAACAAGCAUGACACCAGUGUUCACAAAUAUGUACACAAUGAUCAUCGUUUGUAUAAGUCAAUUAAGGAAAACCUUGUAGCUAUUAAUAGAUAUGCAAAUUAGGUUCACACGCAUGCGCAAUACGCUGCGCGUGCAGAUCCCCCACGUGCAAGUUUGUGUACAAAAUGAAAAAUAAACAUUAAACAUUAAAUAAUAAUAAACGUUUCUUACGUGUCUCGGUAAGAAUUUCAACUUUUGAUUGCCUAGUUACCAUAUAGUUGAAUUGCAGUACCUUCUUUAUGAAGAUCUAAGGAAGGUACGCGAAAAAGCGAUUUGUCGGAAACUGCUUUUCGUCGGAAACUGCUUCUCAACCAGUAUUGAUCUUGUUAUUGGUUGUAUUGUGUCUGCAGGUCCCGUAAAAUAUAGAUCAAAAGUGUUAGUUUAUUAUAUUUUAAAUAUAUUGAUACCAGAAGUGUUUCAAUUUUACGUUUUAAAGUGAUUUCAAGUGGUUGAUCUUUUCCCGCGUUAUUGUGACGUCAUUUGAAAAAAAUGUUUCCGGUUAUAGUCGGGUCGUUCUAUUUACAGAAUGGGUAAGAACGGAUUACUGAAAGGUUUUCUUAAAUGAAAUGAAGUAUUUUUUAACAAUUCUUGAAUGAAAUAAUGAACUAUUGGUGUAAAUAUAAGGAAUGAAUUGCGGGGUUGAUGUCAUUAUCGGGGAUAUGAACGCAAUUGGGUUGGUCAAAGUACGCGUAGAGUCCUUCGGACUCCACACACAUUGACCAACCCAAUUGCGUUCAUACCCCGAUAAUGACAUCAACCCCGCAAUUCAUUCAUUGAAUGGCUCUGCAAAUCAUGCGAUGACUUUAUAUCAUCAUGGUGUCAUUUAAUAAAACAUUUAAAUGUUAGCUUGAUCAUAUAACUUACGUCAUUUCAGUUCAGUAAUAAUUAAAUGUUUGUUUCGUCGCAUUCGGUGUUCUUACCUAUGUACAUACGGUAAAUACACCUUUUAUGUUAAAUGCUGGGACGUAAAAAGUUUUUUUUUCUCUCACAAACAGACCGAGGUUUAUGCUUAUCAACCUUUCAAUUAAAUCUAAUAUGAGGUUUUUAACUGGUUUAAUAGUAACACAAAUAUUUAUAUUAUGAAACUGUGCUGUCUAACACAAAAUUUGAGUAGAUUUAUUCUUAUCUAUGAAUUAAAGUUAGUCCAAAUUUACUCAAAAGUCUACAGAACAAUACAGUGUAUUUGUACCGCUAGUAUGCUUUAGCAAUCGCUAGAGAUUUCAGAUUCUUGGUAUACUGACACCGUAUAUAGCACUUUGCGUCAUAUAUACUACUUGUUUAUACUGCUGUAGAUAAUACUUAAUUAAAACAUCAUACUAUUAUAUGUUUUCUAUAAAACACAUAUCAUUUAUCGCGUAUCAUUUUGUAUUGAUGGAGUUCACGAUUUUAUACUUAUUUUUUUAAAUAUAAUAAACAAAUAAAAAAUAA